AAAUUACACCAACUAAUAUAUACAUACAUACCUUUAUAUAAAUUAAUUAAAAGUCUAUAAAUUCUUUGUUUACACAUAUGCAUUUCUACACUAGCCGUUGGCUGGCCAAUUCAAUCUAAUUUACUCUCAUCAACAACUCUUCUAUACUUUCUUUCCACUUCAUUCCAAAAAUAAUCUCCAACAAACAAAGGUAAAACAUCUCAUAAAAAUACUAUAUAUAUAGAAGUUAACAUUUUUGGUUUCAUUUCAUGGAUUGCAUAGUGUUGCCUGUUGCAAUCUUGACAAGGCGAUGCUCGGGCCGAUUAUUAGGGUAUAAGCCACUAGUAGAGGAUGAUUAUGUCGAUUCAAGUUAUCCGGUAACUGUGCUGGUGGGAAAAGAAAGAAGGGAAUUCUUGGUGGAGCCAUUUGUGUUACAAGAAAGUCCAUUUAGAAGUUUGAUUGAAAUGGUGAGGAAAGAAGAUAGAGAAAGAGUAAAAGAAAAUAUAGCAAAAAAAGUUAUUUAUGUGGAUGUUGAUGCUAUAUUGUUUGAACACAUGUUGUGGUUGAUGCAAAAUGAUUGCUCUUCUUUGUUUCAACUUAAUCUCAAGGAGAUUAUUGACUUCUAUGCUCAAGAUAUAUAGUUGAAAAGGUGAGGCAAUUGAUUACUUAUUGAUACAACAAAUUAAAGAGGUAUUAUGAAUCUUUUUUUUACCCUUGUGGUAGGAGUUCCUUUUUUUUUUUUGGUUUUAAUUAA